GGACUUUUCUGUAUGUCAUUGUCAUAUAGACUUUUUACUUCAAGCAUGCUUCAAGCGUUUUAAUACAAUUAUGCAGAAAUGUCCGUGACUAUUUACUAUGGACCGUAUUUCGCACAUGGCGUAAUAAAACAUCGUAUUCAAAAAAUUAAUGGCCUUUUCGCCGAGUUAACUGAUUUGGGUUAUGAAGUUGAAGUGAUAGAAAUCAAUCAAUAUAAUCGAGUGGAAAUCAAAAUGUUCGAUAGAAUUAUAUUUAGAUGUGAUAUUCGUAAUCUCAUGUUUAAUAUGGCAUGUGAAGAUGACCCGGUCUGUCAAAUAGCUGUUAAAGCGGUGGAAGAAGCUAAAACCAGGAUGGCUAGAUUAGACGAGCCGGCCGAGUCUGAGAUUCUUAUACGGGAUGUAAAAGGUUUGAGCUUCCAUCAAGGAUAUUCAACUAGUGAUUUAGAAAGAGGAUCUUCUAGUGGACACUGGCCGACUUCGAGACAAAAAAUAAUUUCAAAACAGAAUCUUAAAGUCAGCAAAGUAACAAUUCAAGAAUCUAAAAACCAGAGCUUUGACAUUAGUCAUAAUUCUGAAGAAUCUGGAAGUAAUGUUUAAUAUAAUAAUAAUAUAUAAUACCAGCUUGAAUAUUAAUUGAUUUUGGUGCUAUUGUUUAAGACAAAAUUGGCCGGAAUAUUGUCCUGUUUUUAGAGAAAAUUUUUUAUGAUUCCUUUUUAUUUCAUUAGGCCUCAAAUGAAAGUACCAU